AGUGUGCGUCUCCCUGAUGGGAAAUAAAGGUGUGUGUGUGAGCGCUGGGGGGUUGGAGGUUGCCCCUGGGCUUCUUAAACAUAACUCCGGCUCUGACACCAGCCGUAAAUGUUCAGGUUUUAAACCCUGAAGCUUCAAGUGUUUCUGAGUGAGUGAGGAGGAGGAGGAGGAGGAGCUGAGGCAGACCAACUUUUCGUGGCUCGUGUCGUUCAGCCUCAGCUCCGGUAACUCGCUGAAGUGCCGCCGGGAUGAAGCGGCAACGUUUCCGUCCUCCGGUGCGCGGCAGAGAGAGGAGAGCGGAGUGAGAGCGUCUCCUUCCUCCCGCACGUUUCUCUUUGCGUUUUUUUCGCUUAUCGGUUUGAAAACAGCUCGUGUGCACCUGAGUGACGCUCAGCCCGCAGCAGGAGGAGCGGGGGGAGAGCAAGGCUGAUGUUUCACGCCGUGUGUUUGCGUGGAUUCGCUUCUGCGGACGCCGCUGUGCUGACCCAGCCUUCCUCCGGACUUCACGCGAGGACCUGUGGAUUCUUCACUUAAACUUUGUUCCACGCUGUCGUCUCUCUGGUCGUCUCUCAUUGAUCAGAUGUUUCCUGGAGGUACAGCUGCUUCUGCAGGCAGGACGCUGAGAGCUGGUGAGUGUCUGCUCAGGUUUCCUCUCACUCAUCUCCACAUCUGCUCAGAUGAAACAGGGAGGAUGUGAGGUCACACCUGAGGACCAAACGUUUCUCCAGUUGCAUCAUCAGGAAUUUUGUUUUCCUUGGAAGACCGAGGAACUCAGAGAACUUUAAAGACUUCAAUGGGAAAAACCCGAAACUGCCACAAAGAAGGAAACUAUCCUAAACCCAGAACUAGGUGUUUGCUCUCUGGUGAACCCCAUCUGAGGAAUUCAGGGAGACCCUGGAGGUUCUUCAGUACAUACUGAGAAGAAAGUGAGUGAAACUAACGACACACCUGAAAUAUCCUCCUGGAAGAACCUGCAGCAUUACCACAGGAACUACAUGACAUCCCUGGAGGCUUCUGAAGACGCUGAAAGUCUGAAUCUGAAGCUUCCUGAAAGUCUUUCUAAUUUUUUACGUGACCCCCGAGAAAUGCUGAAUGUGGCAGAAGAAACAAAGUAAGUGCGGGUGUACCAAAGAUCCUGGGUGUAAGAAUAUUUAAGAGUUGCUGUAACUGGUCAUAGACUAACACUUUGACCAAUCAGGAUGAGCACUUCAAGGAUCCUGAACAUCCAUAAAAACAGGAAACUCUGAGGAGGAGGUGCUGUGCAGGAACAUGACUUUUGGAAGUCAAAACUUUUAGGUGCUCAAAAUCCUCAAAGACCCCAGAGGAUUCGAAGAAUCGAGUUCUUUAGGAGAAGAAAGUAUUCCAGUGGAACCUGGGGGCGUACCCCAGAUAGUUCAAAAGAACUCCUUGUGGAUCCCCUGAAGGACAGAUGGGGACCUUGCGGGACCUCCAGUAUGCCCUGCAGGAGAAGAUCGAGGAACUUCGGCAACGCGACGCCCUGAUAGACGAGCUGGAGCUGGAGCUGGACCAGAAGGACGAGCUGAUCCAGAGGCUGCAGAAUGAGCUGGACAAGUACCGCUCGGUGAUCCGGCCCGCCACCGCCCAGCAGGUCCAGGCGCAGCAGCAGAGCCUCGUCCUGCAGCCAGACCAGCACCGCAGCAAGCGGCAGGCCAUCUCCGCCGAACCCACCGCCUGUGACAUCAGCGACCUGUGCCAUGUGACCCUGCCCUUCUACCCCAAGAGCCCAGAAUCGAAGGAGCUGAUAAAGGAGGCCAUCUUGGACAAUGACUUCAUGAAGAACCUGGAGCUGUCUCAGAUUCAGGAGAUCGUGGACUGCAUGUACCCGGUGGAUUAUGGGAAGGACUCGUGCAUCAUUAAAGAGGGUGACGUGGGCUCGCUGGUGUUUGUGAUGGAAGAGGGGAAGGUGGAGGUGACGAAGGAGGGGAUGAAGCUGUGCACGAUGGGACCGGGCAAAGUGUUCGGAGAGCUCGCCAUCCUCUACAACUGCACCAGGACGGCGACGGUGCAGACUCUGAUCCAUGUGAAGCUGUGGGCCAUCGACCGGCAGUGCUUCCAGACCAUCAUGAUGAGAACCGGACUCAUCAAACACGCUGAGUACAUGGACUUCCUGAAGAGCGUUCCCACCUUCCAGAGUCUUCCUGAGGAAACUCUCAGCAAACUGGCGGAUGUCAUGGAGGAGACUCAUUAUUCGGAUGGAGAGUACAUCAUCAGACAGGGAGCCCGAGGAGACACCUUCUUCAUCAUCAGCAAAGGGAAGGUGAAUGUGACCCAGGGGGAUUCAGCCACCCAGCAGCCUGUACACCUCAGGGAGCUCGUCAAGGGAGACUGGUUUGGAGAGAGAGCACUACAGGGGGAGGAUGUCAGAACAGCCAACGUGGUUGCCACGGAGCCGGUCACCUGCCUGGUCAUCGACAGAGAUUAUACUUAUAAAGACCUUGUUCUGCAGCUUGAAACUUUUGCGUCCUCUGGUUUAGAGGAGCUGGAGGAUCUAGCAAAAUACGAGGCGGAGAACGCCUUCUUCUCCAGUCUGAAACUCACUGACUUCAACAUCAUCGACACGCUGGGAGUUGGAGGCUUCGGACGCGUCGAACUGGUGCAGCUGAAGAGCGAAGAGGCAAAGACGUUCGCCAUGAAGAUCCUGAAGAAGCGUCACAUCGUGGACACGAGGCAGCAGGAGCACAUUCGCUCUGAGAAGCACAUCAUGACCGAGGCGCACUCGGACUUCAUCGUCAGGUUGUACCGCACCUUUAAAGACAGUAAAUAUCUGUACAUGCUGAUGGAGGCGUGUCUGGGCGGAGAGCUGUGGACCAUCCUGAGAGACCGGGGCUCCUUUGAAGAUUCCACCACCAGGUUCUACACGGGCUGCGUGGUCGAAGCGUUCGCCUACCUGCACGCCAAAGGCAUCAUUUACAGAGACCUGAAACCCGAAAACCUCAUUCUGGACAGCCGAGGAUACGCCAAGCUGGUGGACUUUGGCUUUGCUAAGAAAAUUGGUUUUUGUAAGAAGACGUGGACGUUCUGCGGGACGCCGGAGUACGUCGCUCCAGAGAUCAUCCUCAACAAGGGUCAUGACGUCUCUGCUGACUACUGGUCUCUGGGUAUUCUGAUGUACGAGCUGCUGACCGGCAGCCCUCCGUUUUCAGGUCCAGAUCCAAUGAAAACCUACAAUGUCAUCCUGAGAGGCAUCGACAUGAUCGAGUUUCCAAAGAAAAUCACCAAGAAUGCCGCCAGUCUCAUCAAGAAGCUCUGCAGGGAUAAUCCUUCAGAGAGACUCGGAAACCUCAAAAAUGGAGUCAAAGACAUCCAGAAACACAAGUGGUUUGAAGGUUUUAACUGGGAGGGUCUGAGAAAAGGAACGCUGACUCCGCCCAUCACACCAGAUGUCUCCUCUGCGAUUGAUACGAGCAACUUUGACAGUUUCCCUGAAGACACGGAUGAACCACCACCAGAUGACAACUCUGGGUGGGACUAUGACUUCUAAAGUGGCAGCCAUCAGUUUACACCAACACCCAGAGCUUGACACUUUAUGAAGAAGACGAUGACUUCUCAGCGGGCUGAACGAAGGCUGCGUGGGCAUCUUGGUGAAAUAUCCUACCUGAAGUGAUUGUGUUGUUCUAAGCAUGGCUGUAAACUUCUAGGAGUCAAACGCUGAGGAUUUGAGGACCUAGUGCAUGGAAGUUUAUAAAGGGAAAUGGACUCCAGGCCUUUCCUUGGUCGAACUGGUCAAACUGGUCUCUGCUAACAGGAGGAACCCACCCACCAUCACACCUGAGAGCAGGAAGCUGAAGCAGUUCAGGCAUCAAACAAACUGCCUCUUAACAUCACACGUUUGUUCUUUUUUCAUAUUAAGACAAUGUAGGAUGAUUUCUCGAGACACUCGGGGCACGAAGUCAGUCCUACAAACAUCUUUUGCUUUGAGGGUGAUUUUCAGCAAAUAGAUAAAAGCAUGUUUUUAACUUUUACAACAGAAAUGAUGUCAGCUUUUAGAAACCUGUCGGGACCCCGGGAGGUUAACGAUACAGCUACAAAAAAGGAUCUACAGCAUAGAAAAAGUCAGUGAUGCCUCUGAAUAUCUCAUGAACCCAAAGAAGCCUGAUUCCUUGUUUGGCUACAGAUGAACUUUGGUCAUGUCCCUCCAACAGAAGUCAAGGACCUGCGCAGCUCUAUCUAUAUGUGCCGUUUACUGCUGCAAGAGUUUCUGUCCCAUAUGUUGCUGUAAAACAACUUCUUUCAGCCCUCUGAAAUCAGGAAAUGAGUUUGAUUAACACAUAGACAGUUUCUCGUUACGUUAACCGGCUGCUCCUUCAGCCUGUGUACAGCAGCCAAGACUGUGCAGCAACUUCAUCCACACAAUACAGAAGAAAUAAUUGGAUGUUCCUUAGAGACAAAACCAAUGCCUUGAGUUAGUGACACAGCACAGGCCUUUUUGGAUCCUCAUUCAACCGACACGUUUCACAGGAAGUGAUGUUUACCAUAGAUCUGAUGUCUGCUUUCAUCAAAGAUACCUGACAUCUUGACAGUUCAACAAAAUCAUCCCAAAGUGUUUCUGGCAGCAAUGAACAAGGCUAGAUUACCAACCUACCAAAGUGGGGAACUUCUCCAAGGCCCCAGGUCCUCCGUGGUUCCACAGACCGAAGGACUUCUUUAUGAUAAUUACUUUUAGUAACGUCAACACAAGGUUACCCUGUGAGGACUUAAACCAGAAGCCCUCCUGCAUACUUCCCCUGUGACAGCAUCACUUUCACAAUCCGAGAACAACGUCGAGUCAUCCUUCCCAUACUUCCUGAAGACACUGAAGGCAUCAUAGUCCUGCUUUUCCUACAAGUGGAAAACUUGUGCUUCUCUCAAGUGGCCUUGAUAACUGACAGUUGAACUUUUACCCCCUCAGGGGGGAGAUCACUCUCCUACUGCUUGCUGUUUGAUUAGGUGGUAGAUUUGGAAGGUUCUGGAGACCCUCACAGAGGGCUGGAGGACGGUUAUGUUCCUCUGUGGCGUGAAGAACCGCACCGAGUGAAAUAAAGACAAACUGAGACCGAACACACAAACCUGAGGUCACCAUGAUGCCUUCACUUCCUGUUUCAUUUUCUGGAACUUCAGAUCCAAAGACGG